AUUAUAUUUAAGUUAAAAUUAAUUUAAUCAAAAAUUAAUAAAUAAGUCGAUGACAUCUAUUGAGAAAACCCCGAACUAAAUUUGACAUUAUCCAACUUCACACCAAAACAAUUUUCUUAAAAACCAAACGUAACCUAAACGAAUAAUCGAAAUUAAUCCUAAAUCAUCGUUAAAUAUUUUCGUUUUUAAUCCUUAAAAAGUUUUAGAAAAUGUCGAUCGGUGUUCCAAUUAAAGUUCUGCACGAAGCCGAAGGGCACAUCGUAACCUGCGAGACGAUAACCGGCGAAGUUUACCGUGGUAAAUUAAUCGAAGCUGAAGAUAACAUGAAUUGCCAAAUGACUCAAAUAACCGUAACGUACCGAGAUGGGCGCGUUACGCAGCUUGAAAACGUUUACAUUCGGGGCUCAAAAAUCCGAUUUUUAAUCCUCCCGGAUAUGUUGAAGAACGCUCCGAUGUUUAAGAAGCAAACUAAAAGUGGUACGGCUGGGAGAGGAAAAUCGGCGAUUUUACGCGCUCAAGCAGCGCGAGGAAGAGGUAGGGCUGCGCCCCCUGCAACUAGAGGCGGCCGAGGGGGUCCUUGGCAACCCGGACAACAACAAGCACAACAAGGAAGAGGCCGAUAAUAAAAUAAACUUAAGAUUAUUGUAUAUGUAUAUAAUAAUAUUAUUA